AUGGCGCGAAUUGCCCCCCGCGUUCUUCGCAGCUACCUGUUUGGCGGCCAAGUCCCAGCAAGAGGAUGUCUUCGUCGCAGUCCGGUCAGGUCUCCAGCUCUACAGAGAUAUCACGGCACGCAAGCUCCUCUCGCCGAAACAAAUUCUGCUCCCUCCAUCUCGAUCCCGUUCCGCAAACAACUCAAGGAUGAGGCAAAGAGGCGCAAGGUCGAGGGUUUUGGAAAAAAGGCAAAGAAGGAUAACCAGAAGUUGGAGGACUGGGAGUUGACCGUAGGCAUUGAGAUACACGCCCAACUGAAUACAGCCCGAAAACUCUUCUCGUCUGCCGCGUCUACUAUUAACGAUGUACCCAAUACUCAUGUUGCGCUCUUCGAUGUCGCUAUGCCAGGCUCGCAGCCUGCUUUCCAAAAAGAAACCCUGAUACCCGCCCUCCGAGCAGCUCUGGCUCUCAACUGCACUAUCCAGAAGACGAGCAAAUUCGAUCGCAAACACUACAUGCAUUGGGAUCAACCCUCCGGGUACCAGAUUACACAAUACUACGAGCCCUUUGCGAAGGACGGACACAUCACACUAUAUGCACAUGAUGGCAUUGCAAAGGAGGAUGGAGACCGGAUAGACAUUGGCAUCAAGCAGAUACAGAUGGAGCAGGAUACGGCCAAGACCAUUUCACAGCCUGGAGACAUACAUCUGUUGGAUUUCAACCGGGUUGGCCUACCGUUGAUCGAAAUCAUCACCCUGCCACAGAUCCAUCACCCGAGUACCGCAGCUGCAAUGGUUAGGAAGAUCCAGAUCAUUCUCAACUCGGUAGAUGCGUGUGUUCUUGGGUUGCAAUCUGGUGGACUACGUGCCGACGUCAACGUGUCUGUGCGAAGAAGGGAUGGCGAAGAGGGUGAGAAUGAAUACUCCGGAGUCAAGGGAUUGGGCAAGAGAACGGAGAUAAAGAAUUUGAGCAGCUUCAAGGCCGUCGAAGAUGCCAUCAUUGCUGAACGCGAUCGCCAAAUCGGAGUUCUUGACGCUGGGGGUAAGAUUGAAGGGGAGACUCGAGGCUGGACCAUUGGGAGCACGGAGACAAGAAGACUUCGAGGGAAAGAAGGGGAAGUUGAUUACAGGUACAUGCCUGAUCCAGAUCUCGGCCCAGUCAUCAUCGGACAAGAUCUUAUUGACCACUUGCACGAGUCCCUCGGUGUUCUCCCGGACCAUGAAAUCAACAUCCUGGUGGACGACUAUGGUCUGACGACAAAGGAUGCGAUGUCUCUAGUCUCACUGAACGAAGGGGGCCGUCACGAAUAUUUCCGUAACGUAGUGGACGAGCUCCAGCGUUUGGCCCCAAAACAGGAUCUCAAGGAAGCCGGCAGACUUGCUGGCAAUUGGGUCUUACAUGAAAUGGGAGGUUUGAGUAACGUUGAGGUCGACGAGGAGGACCCAUUGCGAAUGACCAGCGAUGGAGACUGCAUAAUUCCCUCUACGGAACUAGCUCAGCUCGUCCACUACCUCGACACUUCCAAAAUCACUGGCAAAUCUGCAAAGAAAGUCCUCUCCGAACUCUUUUCGUCUGGCAGGUCGAAAUCAACCAAAGACCUGAUCGAUGAAGCGGGCUUAUGGUUCACUCCGCUUUCUGUUGCAGAGUAUGAGGAGCUGGCCAGAAGUAUCCUGGACAUGAAGGUUGUGGAACAGAUUUUGGCUGGCAAGGACGGGAAGAUCAACUUCUUGGUUGGACAAAUGAUGAGGAAAGAUGGAGAUGGCAGGGUGGACCCCCAAAAGGCUACGGUGGUAUUGAAGAAGCUGAUUGAAGAGUUCAGAGAGUGA